AUGUGGCUCCGCGGGAUCUUCGGCGGAGUUUUCUUCAUUUUUCUUCUCUGCUCCUGUACUGCUCUAUUCGUCCUGCAUAGCCUUUAUUUCAUUUUUCGAACUGCUUCUCAAACUGAAAAAACCGAAACUAAAACCGUCCACGAUGACCAGCUUUUCAUCCCAGCGCUCAUUAUCUGCAAUCGAAUGCCAUUCUCCCAAGAUGGCCUCAACAAUGUCAACGUCAACCUCCGCCAGGAUUCUGCUCUCCGUUAUCUUCUAGAAUGGACGAAUCCUUCGCUUCGAGAAGCCGCAGACUACACCCCACCAGCUGCCGACUUCAUGAACCAAGGCCAGAAUACAGUACUACAGUAUAUAACUCAAUCGACGCGGAAUCAAACCAUCCAGAAUAUGCAAUAUCAGUGUCAAUCCGUUAUCAACUCGUGUAGCUAUCAGGGAAUUCAGUUGUCGAGCUUUGAUUGUUGUCGAAAUUUGCUUUCAUUGAUUCCAAGUGUAAAUGGACUGUGUUGGGUUUGGAGAGAUUCAACAAUGUGGCAGAAUUCCACAGGAAUCAAUCGCCAGUUUUCGAUCACUUUCCAAAUGACCCGAAACUCCUGGUUCUCCACAUUCGUCCCCACGCAUCCAGGUGUAGACGUCUACCUUCGCGAAGACGGAAGUGACGUCAUGCGGAUGGCCACAGAGCUGGAGAAUCCGAUUCGGUUGCAAGAUAAACGAGGUGUCAGACUUCAGAUGAGAAAAACUAAAAAAGCUGACAUUCGUAGAACAUCGUGUGGCUAUGCCCUUGGAGACGCCCGAAGAAGUGAUGUGCACGCAUUCAAGAACAACCAUACCAAUUAUCUAAUGUGCAAUAUGAUGGUGGCAAUGAGAUACUGUAAUUGCCAUCCGCUGAUGGCUGAGCUAUUGCAUUAUGACCCUUCCUCGUUUAGAGACUUCCUGCUGCGUGUCAGCCAAACCAAUGUUUGUAGUGUGGACGCUUAUGACAACUGUGCCAGGAGAUACAUCGACCUAACCAGGGUUGAAAAUUGGGAUGAAGAUAUUCCAAAGGACCUUCCAGGCUACGAGGAUGCCAAACGAUGCAGGAAUGAUAAUCAGAGAAGCUGCUUGAUAACAAGUUAUCCGGGAACAAUUGAAGGUUAUGAUCUACCAGAGGAGUAUAGAACGACUCAGGACUAUGUCUCUCGCCUUGUCCUCGAGUACUCCACGAUGCGCACCACGGAAAUUCUAGUGUCCAAGGACCCGAACAUUUAUGAGCUACUCAGUUUCAUUGGUUACAAUAUGGCACUCUGGUUUACAGUCGGACAUAUUCUAUGGUCCAUGUUCUGGUACGCGACUGGUUUGUGUUGUCCAAAACGAACUACAAAUCGAAUUAUGCCGAUUGUGAGCCGAAAACGAAGUGUUUCUUCCCCGGAACCAAUUAUUGUCGAGCAUCGACCUAGUCAAUCGGAAGAGGCUGGAAAUGCGGGGGAGACUUAA